GGUGUGGGAGGUGGAAUUGUCAUAACACCUCCACAGAACCAAAGGACUUUAAAAAGACUCCUCCAUCCGGCAUGAAGAUGCAGAUCCCAAGACCUGUAUCCACAGUCAAAAGAGAGUGGACACCACUUCAGAGCUGGCUGUCUCAGGCAGCAAAGACGACACAUAACCAGCAACCAUGGAGUUCACUGCAGCCAGGAUACUCUUCAUUGUUUUUGGCUCCAUUUUGGCUUGCAUCACCAGUAUUCUUGUCGCAAGGUACAACCUGUGGCAUAAAAUACUGUUCAAGAUCUGGAUAUGGCUCAGACGCAUGAAACGGGGCGUGAGGGUGAAACAUGCCAAACACAACGGCUACAGCUUCUGUUAUUUCACCCGAGGGAAGCCUGGAUCCCAGCCAUCCAUGCUGAUGCUUCACGGGUUCUCACUCAACAAAGACAUGUGGUUAGAUACGCUUAAGUAUAUCCCCAAGGACAUCCAUGUGGUCUGUGUUGACCUUCCAGGUCAUGGGGCAACCACUCGCUUGCUGGGAGAUAGUUAUGCAGCCCCUGAUCAGGCUAAGCGGAUACAUGAGUUUGUCAAGUGUAUUGGUAUGGACAAAAAACCCUUCCACCUGAUUGGCUUCUCCAUGGGUGGCAUGAUAGCUGGGGUUUAUGCUGCUCUUUAUCCAUCACAUGUCCGCUGCUUGUCCCUCCUUUGCCCAGGUGGACUCAAAUAUCAAGGAGGUUAUGAGUUCAUCAAGCACUUGAGGGACAUUGAGAAGUCUAUCAGUGUGGGAAGUCCUCGCCUCAUUUCUUUGACUGAGAGGCAGGGAGAAGAGCUACUGAAGCUUGGCUUAUACCACGCAAAUAUAGCACAGUUGCAGCUCCUUAAGGGAUAUCUUGAUGAUGACAGACCACAAAGAAUGUUCUUCAUUAAAAGCUUUAUAGACCUCUCCAGCGAGGAAUCCAGGUACAGCCUUCAGGAGAACGCAAGCAAGAUCAAGGCUCCAACCGAGGUCAUCUGGGGAAAGUAUGACAAGAUACUUGAUCCCUCCGGAGCGGACAUUUUAGCCAAAGUCAUUCCUCACUGCCAAGUUUACAUAUUGGAUCAAUGCGGACACUUCAUAAUCAUAGACAGACCACAGAAAUCUGCAGAACUCAUCCUGGAAUUCCACACUUCAGUGUGUAGCACAAAGAAGACUAACUAGCUGGCAUAAAUCUCAUGCAAGCAUCAAGCAGGUGGAGUAUUCAAAGCCACUUUUCCAGGCUGGAAAAACUGGACCUAGA